AUGAAAAUUAUUAUUAAAACAUUAAGCGGAUAAAACUUUCCUUUGGAUGUGGAAGGAUCAGAUACAGUAUAUAAUUAAUCAAAAUAUUUUAGAUUUCUGAUGUGAAAGAAAAGAUCUUUUAAGUGAAACAAUUUGAAGUUAGUCAACAAAAAUUAUUAAGAAAAGGUACACUCUUAGAUGAUAAAACCACUAUUGCAGAAUUGGGAAUAUAAGAAAACGAAUUUUUAGUAGUCAUGGUUAAUGCCAAAGUAAUUAAAUUUAUUUAAAAUAUUCAUAGAAAUCAGCACCUCAGUAGCCAUAACCAGUCUAACAACCACCUGCCUAAUAGCCAGUUCAAUAACAGCCAGCUUAAUAACCUGCUUAAUAAUUACCCCCACAAUAAUAGCCUCAACCUUAAGUAGCUCCAGUUGUUAAACCAGCAGCAUCUGGAACAGGAUUGCUAUCCGGUCCAGAGUAUGACAAAGCUAUCGAGUAGUUAAUGUCUAUGGGAUUCCAAAGAGAGGAAUGCGUAAAUGCUAUGAAGGCAGCAUUCAAUAACCCUGAUAGAGCUGUUGAAUACUUAUUAAAUGUAUUCUAAAUUCUAUAAUUAGGGCAUACCUCCUGGUGCUACAUCACAUCCUCCUGCUCCAGUUGCUAGCGGACAAGGAUAACCACCUGCUGCACAAUCGCAAGUUGGUUAGCCAAAUUAACUCUAAGAACUAAGAUAGUUAUACUAAUAGAAUCCAUAAGCCGUUCUCUAAUUAUUACCUUAAUUGAUGCUAUAAAUUUAAUAGACAAAUCCAUAGUUAUACGCUUAAGUUUCAUAAAACCCUGAAAUGUUAUUACAAAUGCUUAUGGGUGCAGGAUAAUAGGGACCUCCUCCAGGAUCUAUCCAAUUGACUUAAUAAGAAUUUAAAGAUGUUGAAACUGUACUUGUAUUGAUUCUAUUUUAGAUUAUGUAACUCGGUUUUACUAAAUAAGACUCUUUGGAAGGUUAUAUAGCAUGUGAUAAAAAUGUGGAAUUUGCAAUUAACUACUUAUUUGAGAAGCAAGCAAAUGGAGAUCUUUUUAGUAAGUUCUUUCACUAAAUUUAGGCUAACAUGUUCAAAGAGAACAAGCUAAUCCCCCUAAUCAAUAACCACCUGGCGGAAAUGAUGGACCAUUGGAUGAAGAAGAUGACGAUGAUGUUUAUUAAUGAUAUAUUAUUAUUCAUAAUAUUAAUUUCAAU